AAGAAACUGCUGCGACUCUUUGUGUUCUGCUUUUACGCUGUGAUCCAUGAAAACAACUUAAUGCGCCUUUUUAGUUGGACAAUCAGCGACUUACUCAAAUAUGUCGGACGGCGGCACGUCUGGGAAUGAACCGGGGCUCCCAGAUUCACAGAACCGGGCCUCUGAGCCCGGAGACGGGACCCCGUCCUCCAGGUUCCUGCGGGCGGAGCAGGAGCUGAACGCCCUCCUCCGGGGGCUCACCUUCGGGGAGCCCGUCCGCUACAUCUACAACCCGCUGGAGUACGCCUGGGACACCCACUGCUGCUACGUGGAGAAGUACUGCCAGCCCGGGAAGACGGUCCUGUUUCUGGGGAUGAAUCCCGGACCUUUCGGCAUGGCGCAGACCGGGGUCCCGUUCGGUGAGGUGAAGUCAGUCGUUGAUUGGCUGAAGAUCUCGGGUGAGGUCGGUCGCCCUGCUGAGGAGCAUCCAAAGAGACGGAUCCUGGGCCUCGGCUGCACGCAGAGCGAAGUGAGCGGCGCUCGCUUUUGGGGCUUCUUCAGAAAGCUGUGCGGCGAGCCCGAGCAGUUCUUCCGCCACUGCUUCGUUCACAACCUGUGCCCGCUGAUCUUCAUGAGCGCCAGCGGGAAGAACUUGACGCCGCCGGAGCUGCCUGCAACGGAGCGAGAGAAACUGCUGUCCCUGUGUGACGCGGCGCUCUGCAAAGUGGUCAAGUUGCUGGGCGUCUCCAUGGUGAUCGGCGUGGGGAAGGUUGCGGAGCAACGGGCGCGGCGGGCGCUGUCUGCCGAGGGCGUAGUGAAUGUGCGAGUCGAGGGCGUCAUGCACCCGUCGCCCAGGAACCCGCUGGCCAACAAGGGCUGGGAGGAGGUGGCUAGAGCCAAGCUGGCGGACCUGGGUGUCCUUCCUCUGCUGAGUAGCAGCUAACGAGCUGCAGGUCCGAUCUGAUGGUUCAUCAGGAGGUGAAGAGCUGCUCCAUAUUCAGCUUGUUAUACCGUCUCUGACCUUCCUCUUUGACCUUCGUGUGGAGAAAUCUUAACGCGCGUCUACAGAGCGAGCAUGUCUGCAUGAAGUGCAUUAAAUAUUCAUCCUCAGAACUACAAAACAUCACUAUUUCUGUUUCUUCGUGCCCACAUCUGAGAAGGGAGUUUGGUCUCGUUAUGCUGAACUUUAUGCAGGACUCAUGCAGCCUGGAAGGGUAUGGCAUUUUAUUUCUGAAUGUGGGUAAAUUGGUAUGAAAAUAAGAGUAAACAAAAGCAUCGGUAUUUCCAGACUUGGUUUAUAACCCCAGGGUCUAAAAGUGUCAGCCUGCCUUCCUUCCUUGUCUUGCUACCUUUCUGGUGCAGCUACUUCUUUCCUUUUUUGUGUCCUUCCUAUCUUCCUUACAUCAUUCUACCUUUGUCUCAUACUUCGGCUUCUUUGAUUGUGUCUUUCAUUUGUUCCUACAUUUGUUCUUUCGUUAUCCCUGCUGUCCUCAUUUUCUUUCCUUUCUUCCUCUCAUUCCUUGCAUCCUUCCUUUCUUUCUUUUGCUCUUUGUGCCCCGUCUUCCUUCCUUCCAUGUUUAUGACUUUGCUGCUUUGUGUUUUGUAGAAAUUUGAGUCGCUCCAUUAUGCGUAGGGACACAAGCUCUCCAUCUGAAGUUUGCCAGUGAACAUCUGAAUGAUUGAGAGUGCAUUAAAUAUUAAUUCUCAAAACAGAACCUGUUCUGGUCAGAUGAGACCAAAAUCCAGUUCUCUGUGACGGAGCCCAAACGUACUGCCGGGGCACAAUUCAGCGGGGAAUCAAACCUUUAUUUCUUCCAUAUACCUGAAGUUCAGGACACUCUGUUCCCCUUUUAUGUGGUAAUAAAAAUGACAACAAAUGAGUAGAAAUAAAUCAUCAAUUAGGCUUUAGUUUCAACCAGGUGGUUUAUCAACAGAUUAAAAUGUUAUCCACAAUGAGUCACUAAAUGACUCAGUUAGCACUCCUGACAAACUACUAAAAUGGCACCGAAAUGUGACGCUGGUGACAUCUAAUAUCUACAUAUACUGCAUUAUAUGCUGUUGAGAGAAAUGUUGCACAUGUGAGACGCAAUUCUUUUAUAUUUUCUGUUUAUCUUUUUUGUUAUAUUUAGUUUGUUUUUAUCACGUAUUGGUUGUUUUCCUCAGGUCUGUUUCAGGGUUCUGUGUCUUUCAGGGUUUUUGCUACUAAAAUAAAAACACUCUUGUCUACAAAUUAA